AUACCCUGCAGUUCUUUCAGAGCCCACAGGAUAGAGAAUGCUCACUACACAACUGACUAUCCUCCCUAUGAGCUGAUUGGCUCGCGAGUAGUGAGACGAGGUGCUCUUGUCCCUAGGGCAUCGAAGCAGAGCACGACAACAUUCAUCGCCAAACGAGACACGGAGACGGUUCCGAACUAAAGCAUGGAUAACGGUACAUUAUUACCAAGUGCAAAGCCACUGGAAGCUGCUGCUCAAGCAACACUACUCGCUGCGCAUCUCCCUGAUGCAAGCGUCUCGCAUAUGGACUUCCGCGACUCGUCAUACUUCAAAAGCCAUGUCAGCCUGCCGACUCCUGAACAAGUGAAAGAGCGCUGCAAUCAUGCAGACAAAACAUUCUACCGCCCGUCGCCUGUUUCGUUCAAUCAGCUGGGUCUCCUAGUCAAAUUUGGUCAGUGUGUGUCUGUUGUGGAGGCCCAGUGCAUCUGGGCCAUCCGAAACCUGUUCGGAGACAGGGUCCCUGUUCCAGAACUAUACGGUUGGCGGGUCGAAGGCGAUGUCGUCUUUAUUUACAUGGAAAAGGUUCAGGGUGCUUUGUUGCAUGACAAGUGGGGGUCCUUCAGCGACACGGACAAAAUAGCAGUCUGCGCACAACUGUAUGGAAUGAUCUCGUCAUUGCGAGAAUUGAGACAAGAUCCCGCCCAUCCAUUCAUCGGCUCUAUUAGCGGCAAUCGCGUUCUUGAUUACAUUUUCAGAGAUUGGUCGACGGGUCCUUUUAAGACUGUCAAUGAACUUCACGACUGGAUAUCUUGGAUACCUCGCCGUAAUCUGCCUGAUCCAAACCAGGUUGAAGAUCCAUACAGGGCUUACUUGCCAGAUGCAGUCGCUAUCAAAUUCACGCAUGCGGAUCUUCACAGGCACAAUAUCAUUGUCUCCAAAACCCUGCCUCCUCAAAUUGUUGCGAUAAUUGACUGGGAACAGGCCGGUUGGUAUCCCGAAUAUUGGGAGUGGUGCAAGGCAUGUUAUACCUCGGACUACGAGGGAGAAUGGCGACUUCACUACAUGCCGAUGUUCUUGACCCCCUAUCAUGAUGAGCAUAAUGUGUUUGCAGAGUACGUCCACUUUAUGGGUGCAAUUUAGCAAUUAUCCACAAGUAGAGCCGUUGUUCUAUGAAUAGGGCUAAGUCCAUUGACCUUUGUGCCUGCACUACGUUAAGAGAAGCUUGACUGGAUCGAAUCAUCUCUUCCUCUACACCACGUAUCAAAGCAUGGUCUGUGGACUGUUUAAUGAUCUUCAGCCGCCUAUCAUGUUUGAUUAUAUAUAUCAACUGACACAUUGCUCUACUGUAGUGCUUAAUUACAUUGUCAAUAGCACAACAUAACACAACUUGAACAUCAUUGUAAUAAAGGCGAAAGAUAGGAAAAUAUGGUACCAUAUA